CCGAACAGCGCUGCUGCGGCUGCCACCCCACCCCCACCGCAAGCGCCGACUGCGUUCUAGUGCGCGCGCGUAAAAAUUCUCGCGUCUCUAAACGCGCGAGCGUGUCGCGCGCGCCGAACCACUCCUUUCGCCUUGCGAUUUGGCACGAGCUAUACCGUAUAUUGGCUCCAUUGGCUGCGUAUACGUUUGCAUCGCUGUUGUACCAGACUGUGCGGUGUGUGUUGUUAUGAAAGCCUACCCGUAGUGUUCGUCGCGGGCAUCUUGUGCCCUAGCGCCGUUGAUGCCCUUCCCCGGUACCGGCGCCGUUGAUUGGCGCUUGUCGCUCCUACCACUGCUGCUGAAGGAAUACUCGCCGGAGGAUUAACGGCGCCGCCGGCUUCCUCAUGUUCGCCGGCUGGCUAUCGCCCGUGGAGAUCAAACAGAUCCUGAUCGUGGUGUUGGUGCUGAACCUGCUCUUCUGGAUGGUGGUAAUCCUGUGGCGUGUGUACAUCCUCAAGCGGGCGCGGGACCAGAUACGACGCCAGCGGCGCCAGGCGGCCGAGGCCUUCGCCAACCCGUCGCUGGUCACGUGCGAAGGAACGGUUACCCUGCCCGCGGCGACCUCCCGAGAUGGCCGCGAGAGGCCGUUCGUGUUGGCGACGCCUCGCAACGAGCUGCCGCCUCCCUACGACGAGGCCAUCAAGUAUCCGUCCCUGGACUGGACAAACUCUGGCUGCGAGCUGCCAACCCUGCGCGUCCCUGUCCCGGGCAGUGGCGGAGGUGGAACGGGGCCCGGGCUCCCUGCACCUCAACAGGCGCUUCCCGAGCCUAGCAGACCUCCGGUUCCACCAAGGCCCAGCCGAGCGGCGCCUGCGAGGCCUAGUGUCCAGGUGGACUCGUCGGCCCCGUCCGACCCGGCCGUUCUGCCCACCUACGAAGAGCUACAGAGACGGGGCACUGUUCCUAAUCCAGAAAUAGUGCUGACCGUUGGAAGCCACAUGAGAAACCAGAGCGCCUGAACCGGGUGCCACGGUGAUCCUGCGGCCUACAGUGACUGUGCGCGUCGGCUAACAAAGCCGAAUGUGCGGUGCAGAAAGGUGUUUUGUAGGUGCUCUGCUGAUCUCAAGUGUUUAGGACGUUCUCGUUCAGUAGACAUUGAUUCAUCUAUAGCUUCACCGCAGGUCGGCUUCGACAAACAGGGUCCCAGGCUGGGAGGAAACUGAGAACAUGUUGCUCCAUGCUCGCAGGCGUGGUUCUAGUCAUGAAUUCGAUUGGCGAUGCCACGUACGUAGAGUCCGAACAAACAACACUAUCACCUACCGGUAAAAGCGGUGGCCGUUUUUCGGUCUCUAAGGAGCAGCGGGAGUAACGACAAGAAACGUACAACGUCGCAUAACAAUUUCGGAAACAGCCCUCCCCCGUCCAAGCUUGCACGGUGUGGCCAGACGCUUUACGUUCUGUAGGCACGUGGUCGAUAUACGUAGCUGUAUAUUGCUCCUGGAAACAGAAUGAUACAUUGACAAAUUUCUCGUACUAAUUUCAUGGUGCAGGCUAGUAAAGAGAGCGACAAUCUGGAUUACGACAGAAGUUGAAAGAACAACCAAAAGUUGACAAUAUCAAAAUAAGGCAUGAAUGUCUUCCGAGCUUCUUGAGCUGUCUUUGCAGCUGCAUGCGAACUUUCACAGUGCAGAAUUUUGCGCACCGCAAUCGCUAAGCAUGCGCCGGCGGCAAGACAAACUGUUUUCGUGCCAACCGACGCAAGAGUUACGUGCAAUAGGUUCAACUUUGAAAAGGCAAUUAAAUAAUGCUUCAAGCUAUAAUAGCUACAAAGCCACAAGUGUAGGUCUAAUUCACACCUUGCAAGGCCCUCGUGGUGAAUGGCUUACACCUAAAGCCAUUCUGCCCGUACUACAGUGAUCCGUUGUACGGCAGAAGCGGGGCAUCGAGUAGAUGUCAAGUUUUGUGUGCUCGCGGUCGCGUCAUUGACUGAACUGUGUGCAGCGAAAACCGACGUGCCUUAUCGUUAACUCUUUCGGCGAAGAACCGAAGUCCAAGAAGAAGAAAUGAACACGAACUGGUUUAUGUCAUUCUCGUGCUCCUAGAAUUGCCAAAGAGGUACUUGUUUGUCUGAA